AUAUCAUUAAAAAAUUAAAUUAAAAUAUUCACUUUAAAAAAAACGCUCCGGUUAUCUUUCUUCUCUUUUACUUUUCUAUUUUUUUUUUUCAAAUACAACAAAGAAAUGACUGAAAGUGAUUCUGAGUAUGUCAAGCUGAUUAGCAGUGAUGGCUUUGAGUUUAUAAUUCACCGUGAAGCGGCUAUUCGUUCCGGUACCAUCAAGAACAUGCUGUGUGGUCCUGUUCAAUUUAGAGAAUCCGUUGAUAACGAAAUCACCUUUAGAGACAUUAAAGCCAACAUUUUGGAGAUUGUAUGCCAAUAUUUAUAUUACAAAUGGAAAUACGAAGGCUCCUCAAAGGAGAUUCCUGAGUUCAAAGUAGACCCAGAAGUUGUUUUAGAAACGUUAAUGACGGCGGAUUUCCUUGAAUGUUGAUAAUAAAAAAAAAAA